GGCGGGCGCAGGGCGCAGGGGCGGGCGCGCGGGGGAAGACGCACGGGCGGGCUCGGCUCUGCUGGGGAGCGGCCCGGGACUGCACCGGGACCGGCGUCUCCCCGCUCCGCGCUGCCCUCGGCCUCGCCCCGGGCCCGGGCGGAUGAGCCGCGCGCCCGGGGGACAUGGAAGCGCUGACGCUGUGGCUUCUCCCCUGGAUAUGCCAGUGCGUGUCGGUGCGGGCCGACUCCAUCAUCCACAUCGGUGCCAUCUUUGAGGAGAACGCAGCCAAGGACGACAGAGUGUUCCAGCUGGCUGUUUCCGACCUCAGCCUCAACGAUGAUAUCCUGCAGAGUGAGAAGAUCACCUAUUCCAUCAAGGUCAUCGAGGCCAACAACCCGUUCCAGGCCGUGCAGGAAGCCUGUGACCUCAUGACCCAGGGCAUUUUGGCCCUGGUCACGUCCACGGGCUGUGCGUCCGCCAACGCCCUGCAGUCGCUCACCGACGCCAUGCACAUCCCACACCUCUUUGUCCAGCGCAACCCCAGCGGCUCGCCCCGCACUGCCUGCCAGCUGAACCCUAGCCCCGAGGGCGAGGCCUACACGCUGGCCUCCAGGCCGCCCGUCCGUCUGAACGACGUCAUGCUCCGCCUCGUGACCGAGCUGCGCUGGCAGAAGUUCGUCAUGUUCUACGACAGCGAGUACGAUAUCCGUGGGCUCCAGAGCUUCCUGGACCAGGCCUCGCGGCUGGGCCUUGACGUCUCUUUACAGAAGGUGGACAAGAACGUGAGCCACGUGUUCAGCAGCCUCUUCACCACCAUGAAGACGGAGGAGCUGAACCGCUACCGGGACACGCUGCGCCGCGCCAUCCUGCUGCUCAGCCCGCAGGGCGCCCACUCCUUCAUCAACGAGGCUGUGGAGACCAACCUGGCUUCCAAGGACAGCCACUGGGUCUUUGUGAAUGAGGAAAUCAGCGACCCCGAGAUCCUGGAUCUGGUCCACAGUGCCCUCGGCAGGAUGACCGUGGUCCGGCAGAUCUUCCCGUCCGCGAAGGACAACCAGAAGUGUAUGAGGAACAAUCACCGCAUCUCCUCCCUGCUCUGCGACCCCCAAGAAGGCUACCUGCAGAUGCUUCAGAUCUCCAACCUCUACCUGUAUGACAGUGUUCUGAUGCUGGCCAACGCCUUUCACAGGAAGUUGGAGGACCGGAAGUGGCACAGCAUGGCGAGUCUCAACUGCAUACGGAAGUCCACCAAGCCGUGGAACGGAGGGAGGUCCAUGCUGGACACCAUCAAAAAGGGCCACAUCACUGGACUCACAGGGGUGAUGGAGUUUCGCGAGGACAGCUCGAAUCCCUACGUCCAGUUUGAAAUCCUGGGCACGACCUAUAGCGAGACAUUUGGCAAAGACAUGCGCAAGCUGGCAACGUGGGACUCAGAGAAAGGCCUGAAUGGCAGCCUACAGGAGAGGCCCAUGGGCAGCCGCCUCCAAGGACUGACUCUCAAAGUGGUGACUGUCUUGGAAGAGCCUUUCGUGAUGGUGGCUGAGAACAUCCUUGGGCAGCCUAAGCGCUACAAGGGGUUCUCCAUCGAUGUCCUGGAUGCGCUGGCCAAGGCUUUGGGCUUCAAGUAUGAGAUUUACCAGGCCCCCGAUGGCAGGUACGGUCACCAGCUCCACAACACCUCCUGGAACGGGAUGAUUGGGGAGCUUAUCAGCAAGAGAGCAGACGUGGCCAUCUCAGCCAUCACCAUCACCCCCGAGAGGGAGAGUGUCGUGGACUUCAGCAAGCGGUACAUGGACUACUCAGUGGGGAUCCUCAUGAAGAAGCCCGAGGAGAAGAUCAGCAUCUUCUCCCUGUUCGUGCCCUUUGACUUUGCGGUGUGGGCCUGCAUCGCCGCCGCCAUCCCUGUGGUGGGGGUGCUCAUCUUUGUGCUGAACCUGAUACAGGCUGUGAGGGCGCAGAGUGCCACCCAGCCACGACCUUCCGCCUCUGCCACCCUGCACAGCGCCAUCUGGAUUGUGUACGGAGCCUUCGUGCAGCAAGGUGGCGAAUCUUCCGUGAACUCCAUGGCGAUGCGCAUUGUGAUGGGCAGUUGGUGGCUCUUCACCCUCAUCGUGUGCUCCUCCUACACAGCCAACCUUGCUGCCUUCCUCACAGUGUCCAGGAUGGACAACCCCAUAAGGACAUUCCAGGACCUGUCCAAACAAGUGGAGAUGUCUUACGGCACCGUCCGGGACUCUGCUGUGUAUGAGUACUUCCGAGCCAAGGGCACCAACCUGCUGGAGCAGGACAGCACAUUUGCCGAGCUGUGGAGGACCAUCAGCAAGAACGGAGGGGCCGACAACUGCGUGGCCAGUCCUUCGGAAGGCAUUAGGAAGGCCAAGAAGGGCAACUAUGCCUUCCUAUGGGAUGUGGCUGUGGUGGAGUACGCAGCUCUGACGGACGACGAGUGCUCGGUGACUGUCAUCGGCAACAGCAUCAGCAGCAAGGGCUAUGGGAUCGCCCUGCAGCACGGAAGCCCCUACAGGGACCUCUUCUCUCAGAGGAUCCUGGAGCUACAGGACACAGGGGACCUGGAUGUACUCAAGCAGAAGUGGUGGCCACACACUGGCCGCUGCGACCUCACCAGCCACACCAGCGCCCAGGCCGACGGCAAAUCUCUCAAGUUGCACAGCUUUGCUGGGGUCUUCUGCAUCCUGGCCAUCGGCCUCCUCCUUGCCUGCCUGGUGGCUGCCCUGGAGUUGUGGUGGAACAGCAACCGAUGCCACCAGGAGAGCCCCAAAGAGGACAAAGAGGUGAACCUGGAGCAGGUGCACCGACGCAUGAACAGCCUCAUGGAUGAAGACAUUGCUCACAAGCAGAUUUCCCCAGCUUCCAUUGAGCUCUCGGCCCUGGAGAUGGGGGGCCUGGCUCCAAGCCAGGCCUUGGAGCCCACUCGGGAAUACCAGAACACACAGCUGUCAGUCAGCACCUUUCUGCCCGAGCAGAGCAGCCACGGCACCAGCCGGACACUGUCCACAGGGCCCAGCAGCAGCCUGCCACUGCCGCUGAGCACCGCGGCCACCAUGCCCUCCAUGCAGUGCAAACACAGGUCGCCCAACGGGGGGCUGUUCCGACAGAGCCCGGUGAAGACCCCCAUCCCCAUGUCCUUCCAGCCUGUGCCUGGGGGCGUACUUCCAGAGGCCCUGGACACCUCCCACGGCACCUCCAUCUGACCGCGCCGCCUGCCCUCCCGCCCGCCCGUCCACCCACCCACCCGACCAGCAGAGCUUUUUAAUACAAGAAACCACACACACACCACACACAUGCACACACACACACAGAGACUUUCAUUUUUCUUGUACAUAUAUGUAAAUAAUGACAGAAUGGAGUGGGGUAAAAGUGUAUUUUGAAUAUUCCCAAUUUUCGAAGUCAGUAAAAAAAAAAAAACACAAAAACUGUACGAAUGACUUUGUAAAUUUUGUUCUAUAUGAAUAAAAAGGCAAAUUCCUUGUGAUCAUUCUGAAGUGCCAAAGGAAACCCUAUUCCUCAGGCUGCCUGAGGGCAGGAGAGGCAAUCACAGGAGGACCCCUUCCUGAUAGAGGAGGGCCUACAGGAGCCCCCCAUGCUGCUUGCUGCUGUGAACCACAGCUUCCCAUGCUGUUCCCUGGCCCCUGGCUCCCGAUCCUCAUUUACUCUCCCUCGCGUAGAUAAAGAAUGAGCUUGGAGCCAGCGUUGGCCUGGCCCGUUAGGUCACUGUGCUGCAGAGUGACCAACUUCUCCUGCUAGCCUGGGACAGAGAAGGGACCCUGGACACAGGCCAGUGCUGGGCAAUCUGUGACAGCCUGGGACCUCGCCUUGUGUCACAGCAGGCAGGGUGUAGCAGCCACAGGAGCCCCGAGACGCUGCACAUAGGGACCUAACUGUCUCUGAGCAUUUCAGUGCAAUGUGCACUAGUGUCUCUGGUUGGCUUGUGUUUUACUUUCCUCUCCUAUUUGGCAGACUCAGCCAGUGAUAGAAGAUUAGAGAGAGGAGGGCAGGCCCCAUGAUGGUCUCAGGGAAGCAGGGCAGAAGUGGGCUUGGCUGGCUGCAAGGUUCAUGGGCAGAGAGAGGUGCCAGGUGUGGUUGGUUCUGUGGACCAGAAGAGGUGGAGGGCUGGGAUGCCAGUAGAAGAAGAUGAUUCCUCAGAGAUGGGGCCGGAGAAAGGGUAGGGUGCUCACAGAUGCAGGGAGUAGAAGCGCUGUGGUUUUAGGUUAAAGAAUUCUGUUGGGAGGAGCUGGGGGAGGUGCACUAGGUGGGUGGAUGGAUGCUCCAGGUAGUGAGGAAACCAGGAAACACAGAAGAGAGGAAGCAGCCUGUGCCCCUGGGAGGGAAGGUUCAGCAUGUCCUUGAAUGAUAGGAAGACAAGUACCUCACAGCACCAUAGGGAGGUUUCUGGUGAUCCCAAAUGUACAAGCCUGUUCUGGGUCUUAAGCCAUUCAGGUCAUCUGCCCAACUGGGCCAGACCCCAGCUCAAGCCCCCUGGCCUGGCUAUACCGCCUUCUCCAGACCAGCAGUCCUCAAGCAGUGAUCCAGCCCAUAGCAGGGGCUCUGCUGCUGAGGGCAUCUGGUCUCCUGUGAGACUCCCAGGCCUGGCUCCAUGCUGCAAGACCUUGUCUGGUGAGGCAGGGACAGCCUGACAGCCCCGCCUCCCUCCAUCGCCUCUAUGGGUCAACUCAACUACAGAACCUGGGAAAGAACCAUCAGGAUGGAGUCCUUGGCGGAAUCUGAGCUCUGAAGAGAAAGGCGGUUCUGACACCUGGAGGACCUAGUCCAUACCUGGCUCCCAGGGGACGGGGCUUCUGCCCCAGCAGCACUCAGGGACCGAGAGCCUGGGGCUGAGGUGGUGGAGAAAUACUAAGUCCUCUUGAUUGCUUAGUCUUUAGCCCUGUCCAGCGGCUCAAGAGAUAUGUUGUGACAAUGAUAACUAGUGUGGGACUGAUGUCCUUCCUAAAGUCCCGAGUGGCUUGGCUGAACAGUAAGGAGUGCCCGUAUCACACAGUUAGCUAAAAGCACCCUGAGGAAGACACUGUUUAUAAUUAUGUAUGCUAUUUGUGGAUGCUGAGAAGGGCCUGACAUCUGUGCCCCCAGGGCCAUCCACUGACAUGUCUCUAGUCAGAGUGUGUGGACCUGGAGCCAGGUUGCGUGGGGCAAAGCCCAGUGGGCACCAUCACCCUGGAUGGAUGGUCAAUUUUUCAUAUAUAUAUACAUAUAUAUAUAUAAUCUCUCUAUUUUUUUAAUCAGACUCUGGUCUCACUGCCUUAUCUCACACCCAAGUAUGCCCCUCCUCCCCACAAGAAGAGCAGUCUUCUGGAAUAUUCCAUGGAUAUGGACAUUGUCUUGGAUGGCUUUGCUUAGAAUGGGUGUCAGGGAGGGAGGUGUGUGUGUGUGUAUGUGUGUGUGUGUGUGUGUGUGACAGAGAGGGAGGGAGGGAAAGAGACCAGCAUCUUCAAGGGGAAAAUAUUCUGCUUCCAAAAUCCUUAACACCUCAUGGUGUUAUUCUUCACCGUGUUUGUUAUUUUUUGAAUUUCUUCCUACCUUUGGCACGAGAGGAAAUGAUUGAUAUUCAAGCAAGUUCUCUAGGGGAAAAAAAAGGCAAAACAACAAGGUUCUUCCCAACUCAGAUUUCUGUGUCCGCUCAGAAUGUACCUUUUUUUCAUGCUUUGCUCUUUGGAUUUAUAACUCUGUUUAGACUAUUCCAUACAUUUUAGGUAUAUUUUGUGCCUUCAGACACUGCAAAUAAUAAUCAGCAUUUGGAUUAAAGUUGUUUAAUAAUAAAACUUGUCUUUUCUCCCUACUCUCUUAUUCUCUGGGAUGGAGAAAUGCUGUCUGGUUGUUCCUGGGCAUGCUGCCGUGGUGAACUGAGUCCUGUCCCACUGACAGGCACAGUCGAGAGGGGGCUCCUCUUCCCACGUGGGUCUCAGCUACACUCAGGGGUGGGAGACACACCACCCUCACCCCCAGGGAAUAUGGGGUCCCCUGAUAUCACCCAGGGGAUGGUGUGUGGGACAGACUGAGCCGGUGGAAUGAGCACUCUAGUGCACACAUCUGACUUCAGUUCUCUCGUCUCUCCACGCGCUCUGCCCUCAGGGGGUUCCCUGUGUUAGGUCUCAGGCUGAGGGACUCACUCUUGCAGGAGCAGCAGCUUGGCUCCGCAAUAUUUGGUCCUCACCCUUCUGCAGGGGACACCCUUUACCUGUGCUCAUGUCCCGGGGGUCGAGACCUCUUUCCUGACUCCCACAGGCCUUUGUACCCAGGCCCCACCUCUGAUGCCCCACUCUUCCUUUUGGCUUCAGGGCCUCUGUGGGGCAAAGAGUACCACUGUGAAUCCUGGGCUAAACCAAGCUGGCCUGCAGAGGUUGGCCAAGGUUUCAACCUGCAGGAGCUAAAGGGGCAUGGCCAGCUCUUGGGCCUCAUUCUGUGCACCGUUGAUGGGCUCCUCCGUUGUUGGGGCCAAAACCCUCAAACUGGAGUGGGAGGAAGGGGACAGACAGUGGGAGCCACAUAGGAACUGUUGAAGGACUGUUUUCUUGGGAAGAAGCAACCCAGUUCCUAAAUUCCAUACACACCCCCAGGUCACACCAAGACAAACCUCAGUCCAUACCCGAUCUUUAUCUUUUCAAUCAUGAACAGCUGCAAUGACAUGGGUGAGUUCUUCAUUUCUGUGGCUUCUGCCUUUUAAUAAUCAUUGAGUUGAAUUACAGAUAAGAUAAAUUUGAUAACUGAGAUGGACAACAUCUAACAGACAACCCGGGUUCACUGUGUGACAUUCUGGUUCCACCAGAAGGGGUUCCUUCAUUUUCUGCAAACUGCACAAAACAGGUUCACAAAUUAGCACAUACGUCCUAUGUCUUCACUAAAGCAUUGUUUUGUGCUCCUAGCUUUUAGCAACACAAGAUUAGAUAAAAGCUCAAAUGUUUUUUUCACUGACCUUUCUUUGCAAGGGACACAAUGAAAGAGACAGCAUUCCUGUUCCUAAUGCCACACUUUUUAUAUCUCAAACAUGCUUUUAUUUCCUGCCAUUGGUUGUUUUCAAUAAAUGAAGAUUAUGUGAAUUAUGUGUGACUGGUAUUACCUUCACCCUUCCUACCAAGAAACUCAGAUAAGUAACAAUUUUCUGAGCCAGGAACUUUAAUCAUUGUCAUGCUUCUUCCUCCCAGUGGUGGCAUUUAGUCAGAAGAGAUU